UUUGAAAAAUUGAUUUAUUGAUUAUUCGAAAAUGACUUGGAGUCGCAACUUAUUUUUGUUUUAUUUUUAAAGGGUAAACAAAAUAAGAAAGAAAAACCCUAAAUGUGACUCCUUACUUUGGAAGAGGUGGUCUGUGAAAAACGGGAUCGGGUUCGGGGGUUAGGUUACUUAUUAGGAAGGUACGGUAAAAACCAUAGCACCCUUCUAAGUCUCUAAAAACGGGUCUCUACUAAUAAAAUGAGGCAAUCAUAGCAGGACGAGUAGAUCGAUGAGUACCCAGAAUAAAUCAUGCACACGUGAGAAUCAAAAUAUGCUUGGACAAUUACCAGAGUGAAAGUAGGUGCGUACCUGGGCGACGAGCCACCAUGCGCUAUCAAGAGAGAGGUUAGUGCACAAUUAAGAAAUAAUAGCAUGCAUGUCGGAGAGCAGGAUAAAUAAAUCAUGUAUGAUAACCAAGUCAAUCAAUCAAUAGAUCAUAAGAUCAUGUACGUGAGGCCCCCACCAAAACCCGAUUAAUCUUGCAUGAAUUAAUAUCACAAAUUCCAUUAUUUAGGAAUUAUGAAAAUUGCAUUCACGCUUAUUAAAAACAAGAGGAGCAGAAGAUUGUUUGAAGACCAGAAUGGAAUUAAGACUAUUGGAAAGAAAACUAGAUUUUCUUGAAAUUUAUUUGAAAAUUGGAGUCUUGGGAAUUGAAUUUAAGAAUUGGAAUUUUGGAAAUUAAAUUUGAAAGAAGUUAGUAAAUUGUUUGAAAAUUGGAGUUUUGAAAAUUAAAUUUAGAAAUUGGAAUUUUGGGAAUUAAAUUUGAAAGCAAUUAGUAAAUUAUUUAAGGAUUGAAGUUUUGAAAAUUUAAAUUUAAGGAAUUUUGGAAAUUAAAUUUGAAAGAAAUUAGUAAAUUGUUUGAGAAUUGGAGUUUUGAAAAUUAAAUUUAGAAAUUGGGAUUUUGGGAAUUAAAUUUGAAAGCAAUUAGUAAAUUAUUUAAGUAUUGGAGUUUUGAAAAUUUAAAUUUAAGAAUUGGGAUUUUAGGGAUUAGAUUCGAAAGAGAGCAUAAUUUUGGAAAUUAUUUAGGAAGUAGAAACUAUGAAAGUUAAAUUAUAAAAAAUUUAAAUAUUGGAAAUUAUUUGAAUGUGUAAUUUUUUUUUAAAAAUAAAUAGGUAAAAUGAUAAUAAUAAUAAAAAAUAAAUAAAUAAGUGGAAUAAUAAUAAUAAUAAUAAUAAUAAUAAUAAUAAUAAUGAAAACAAUAAUUAAAUAGAUGAACGUAAAUAGUGAAAUUUUUGAAAUUAGAAAUUAAAUUUAGAAUCGGAAUUUUUAAAGGAUUAUUUAAAGAUGAAAAUUUGUAAGAUAAAAUUAUUUGGGUGCUAGAUUUCCAUAAAUCAACUUUUAAAAUUUGAGGGCUUUGGAAAUGGGCCAAGGGUGAAUGGGAGCAUUUAGGAAUGGGCCAAGGUGGAGAGAAAAUUUAAAAUGAUGCUCAUGGGCCUGGGCUUCAAAAUGCACUUUGAGAUGACCCUAAGAUGGAGAAAGGCCUUCAAACCUUCAAAAUGCACUCACGGGCCUUGGGCUUCUCCAAUCCAUUGUGCAAGAAAAUAAGUUUAGUGGGCUUUGGAAGUGGGCCAAGAAAGGUGGGUUGAUGGGUAUUUGGAAAAUGGGUAUGUGGUGUAGAGAGAUAACCGGGUAGGGAGUAGAAAGGGAGUUAGUUAGUGAGAAAAUGAGGGUUUGGUAGUGGUGGUGGUGUAGAGAGAGAAAUGUGGUAAGAAGAAGAAAAAUGGGUAAGUGGAGGAUAGUUAUGCAUGGGAGGGUGGUGAUAUACAUGAGGGCAUGGAGGAUACGGGUAUGGAGGUUAGCAUGGGUAUGUGUUGAUGAAUGGCAACCAUGGGGGGUGGCCAUGCAUGCACGAUUCCCAUGCAUGUAGGUGGGUGGCUUUGGGAUUCCUAUGGAGAUGAGCAUAGCAUGGGUAUGGUGGGUAGCCGGGUAUGAAAAUGGAUGGUUUGCAUGGGUAUGAAGGGUGAUGGCUAUGGGUGCAUGCAUGGGAUGAGUGAUAUGGAACGAGCUAGUGAGAGAAAGGGUGAUGGGAAGGAAAAUGGGUAGGAAACAAUGGGUUUGAUGGCUAUGGGUGCAUGCAUGGGAUGAGUGAUAUGGAACGAGCUAGUGAGAGAAAGGGUGAUGGGAAGGAAAAUGGGUAUGAAACAAUGGGUUUGAUGGCUAUGGGUGCAUGCAUGGGAUGAGUGAUAUAAAACGAGAAGCGGUGGAACAUAUAAUAUGAGUAAUAGGAAUAUAGAUAUGAAGGUGAUGGGAAAAUGGUGAAUAGGAAUUAUGAAAUGGGUAUGAAUGAUGGGUUCUUGAGAAGAUGGAAGAUGAAAUGUUCCAUAUGGCCAUGCAUGCAUGCAUCACGUGCAAGCAGGGAAUGCCAACAACAAACUGAGCAUAAAAACACAAAUACCAUCAGCACAUAAUACCCUUGGGAUCUUCAUUUGGACCCUGUUAUUCCCAGCAUAACAAUAAAGAGGAGCGACAUCAUGUCCCGUUAAAAAUAAGUCUCCUUUGCGUCUUCCUUGGUUGGGUAACCUUACAAUAUCUAUUCCAACUGCGUAGUGACCGUGCUCACCGUCAAUAGAAAAAUCACCAUUGGGUAUCUCAUCUUCCAAAAACAAUCUCAAAUGGUGCCAAAAGAUCAUUCAUUGCAGGGACAUUUGCACCUCCAAUAACAGAGGAAACGGCAAGAACAGAGUACCAAAAAUGGGAAUAAUAAAAUAAAUAAAUAAAAAAACGUGCAAAACCCGUUUCAUGCUUCAUUCAACAAGCUUGCUAACGGAUUGAAAGACCAUAGGUUCAUACAAAAAUAUGGGAGUGAAUGCUGAGAUAUUUCAUAGUGAAGCUAAAAACAGAGUCGGCUUGCUCUUCAACAAAACCAAGAGGGAAAGAUGAUAAAAUAAUGAUCACAAAUCCAUGGUAGAGAUCAAGGAAAGCUAACAAUAUGGCCUGAUAUGAAACAAACAAUAAUAUCUAGAGACAAAGUAGAGAAAAUAACAAACAGGGACAAUGGUGAAUAUGGGGUUCGUACCUGGAAAGCCUCUUCUAAAAAAAAACCUUCCCCCGCCCCUUUUUUUCUCAGUCUCCCCCUCUCUCUUCUUUCUCAGUCUCCCCCUCUCUCUUCUUUCUCCUCUGUUUUUCUUUAGCUUCCUCCCCAAGCCAUGUCCGUAUCCCGUCCCAGCCGCCCGAGAGCAGCCCACUUGAGAGGCCGUCAGAAAAACAGCAAAAAAUAAUCAUAAAAGAAAGCUCCAGCUCCUCGGGGGUCUACACAAUCAUAUACAACUAGAUUUUUUAUUUAGGAUUUAUAUAAUUGGAUUUUAUAAUUAAGAUUUAUAUUUAUUUUUAAAAAUACUUUGUUGGAGAUUUAAAACCCCCCUCCUCCUUCUCUCUCUCUGAUCCCCGCGACAAUUCCACUCACCCUCAUUUCCUCCCCAUUUUCUCUCUUUUCUUCUUUUCCUCACACCCACAGGCCACCUUUCUCUUCCCUCUCUCUAUUUCUCUUCUCUCUCCACACCAUCAUACCCACGACGGCGGCCCUUCUCACCACCGACGACUCCACUGUCGGCCGACACUCCUUUCCGAAACCGGCGUUCCCCCCUCCGGCCAUAUCUUAUCUCUCUCUUUUUCACACCAUACCCACGGCUCCCAUGUCAUCACCCCACUGUGAGCACCGCCAUCACCAUCCAUUGUGAAGUUCACCACAAGUGGCUAUUUUCGCUUCAACGCCGGUGGCACUGACGCCAUCUCUCCACUACGACACCCAUUCUUUCCACUAUCAUUUCAAAAGCGAACCACGUGGUGUAAGUUACGAUAUAGCAUCAGCAUUCCCUAUUAUUCACCGGAGUUUUUAGGGCGUGGACAGAGAUGGAAGUGAUGCAAAAGCUUCACAUGAACGGCGGAUCUGGGGAGACCAGUUAUGCGAAGAACUCGUCGGUUCAGAGCAACAUUAUAUCUGCUGGGAAGCGCAUAACUGAGGAAGCUAUACUAGACAUGUUGAGCAACCACUUGUCUGCAGACAGCAUAGGCAUUGGGGAUUUGGGAUGCUCAUCUGGACCCAACACCUUAUUGGUGAUAUCAGAGAUAUUGAACGUCAUAUAUGCCAAAUGGUGCCUGCAGGGCUGUGGUUCAUCACCGGAGUUUAGGGUGUACUUGAACGAUCUUACCACCAAUGACUUCAAUAAUGUAUUUGGCUCACUCCCAGCUUUUUACACCAAAUUGAAGGAAGAAAAGGGUUCAGGAUUCGGGCCAUGUUUUAUAGUUGGGAUGCCUGGUUCAUUUUAUGGGAGGCUGUUCCCAACCAAGAGUAUGCACUUUGUGCACUCCUCUUCCAGCCUUCAUUGGCUCUCUCAGGUUCCACUUGGUUUGGACAGCAAGGCCACCACACACAACAGGGGAAAGAUUUAUAUAUCAAAGACAAGCCCGCUUUGCGUUCUGGAAGCAUACUUGAUUCAAUUCCAGAAGGACUUCUCACUAUUUCUCAAGUCACGAUCGGAAGAGAUAGUUCCCAAAGGACGCAUGGUAUUGUCAUUCAUGGGUAGGAGAUCUCCAGAUCCCGCUGCAGAUGAGAGUUGCUACCAAUUUGAACUCUUAGCACGAGCACUAAUGAGCAUGGUCUCAGAGGGCCUUGUUGAAGAAGAGAAGGCCGAUUCUUUCAAUUUGCCCUUCUACACACCGUCUCCUGAAGAAGUGGACUUUGAGAUACAAAAAGAAGGAUCAUUCAUCCUCGACCGCCUCGAGACUUUUGAAAUUGAUUGGAUUAAUGGAAAUGAUGGGAAUAGUUCUGUGAGUGAAGGUGUGUAUCCCACAUCGGAAGCACUAUCGAGGGGCCAUGGACACUCAAAGAUUAUUAGAGCUGUGGUGGAGUCCAUGCUGGAAUUCCACUUUGGAGGACAUAUAAUGGAUGAUCUAUUUAAAAGGUAUGGCGACAUUGUGGAUGAUCACUUGUCAAAGACUACACCCAAGUACAUCGUUUUGGUUAUUUCCCUUGUCAAAAAAGGUUAAUAUAUAUAUAUAUAUAUAUAUAUAUAUAAAGCAAGGCAAGUGCGACUUAUUUGAGAGAAUUCUGCAGACUUAAAUUUAUUUUUCUUAAAUGAUUUUGUGAUGUUGGUGUAUCUGUUGGUAUUGGUUCUAGUAAUCAAGGGUUUUGGAAUUUAAGCCGA